GAAUACACCCCUAGUUUUAAUUAUUGUGCAAGAGCUUUUAACCGCCCUUGACCUCGAGGCCCCGGCGACAUCCGUUCCGCGCUACUCAGCUACUAAAGCCCUAAAAGGAUUUGGUCUCUCCUCGCCGCCGGCCCCGGCGAUGCUUCGGCCGUCAGCAACUCUUCCAGCCUCGACUUGAUAUAUCGCAACAUACGGAUUCUCAUGAGCGGCCUCUGAAUCGUCCUCUUCCUUUGUUUGGGUUUUUUAAUUAAACAGUUUGGGGUUCAGGCAGAGGAAAACGAUGGGUGCUCGAUCCGAACCCUGCGUGCUCUACGCCCACACGUUCGUCCACCCGCACCUUGAUGAAUACGUCGACGAGGUUUUAUUUGCAGAGCCUGUAGUCAUCACUGCUUGUGAGUUCCUUGAGCAGAAUGCUUCGUCAGUUUGUCCUGCUGUGAAACUUAUGGGGGCCACUUCUCCUCCUUCAUUUGCGUUGGAGGUAUUCAUCCAGUGUGAAGGGGAGGCUAGAUUUAGGCGGUUUUGCCUGCCUUGUUUGUAUUCCCAUUCGUCUUCUAACGUGCUUGAGGUUGAGGCAGUGGUUACAAAUCAUUUGGUUGUAAGAGGCAGUUACCGAAGCUUAAGCAUGGUCAUAUAUGGAAAUACAGCCGAAGAUUUGGGACAGUUCAACAUAGAAGUUGAUUUAGAUAGCUCUAUGACAGACACUGUUAGCGCUGUUGAAGGAAACAUGGACGAUUUGCCUCCUGCUUUUCAUCCCACGACACCAACAAUUAAGGAACUUGUAUCUCCGAUGACAAUAUUAUCUGAAACAGUUGUUUUUUCGGAUAUUCAACUUGAAUUAAGAAAAUUUCUUCAACUAGUUUUUAAUGUUUUGGAAUCUCUGAAACCUGGAAUGGCAACUGAUAAAGUAAUAAAUUCCUUAUUAUCAGUGGCAUCAUCUGUUGGAAAACCUAGUGCUUUUCACAAACUUAUUGAUUCAAGUGAACUAGAAAAUAAUAAAUUGCCAAGUAGUGGCAGUGCUGGUCAAACUCUUACUGAAGCUAAAAUGGAACUUCUAGACCUUUAUAGAAGUCUUCAUUUUAGGGAAUCAUCUGAGGAAGUUUCAGAAGAAAGUUUGCCUCAUGAAUGUGAAGUGGACAUUCCUUCUUCUAAAGAGUUGAUGGAUUAUCUACACCAGCACUUUGAUUUUUUAAGUAACUCUGGAAAUACUGGAUAUCCAAAUCUUUCACAGAAAAAGAAUACAAUAUUGUGGUUGAUCCUGGCUCGAUUAUUAUGCUCCACAAGAGAGAGCUGCUUUCACUUUGUUAAUUAUGGUGGGAUGAAGCAACUGGGAUAUAUCUUCGCUCACCGGAAUUUGAACUCCACUGCUUUCACAUUGUUGCUGCUUGGAAUCAUCGAGCAGGCUACCCAACAUUCAAUUGGUUGUGAAGGUUUCCUGGGAUGGUGGCCUCGUGAUGAUGAAAGCAUACCAUCUGGUACUAGUGAUGGCUAUAGUCAGUUGCUGAAGUUAUUGUUGGAGAGUCAGAGGCAUGAUGUUGCUUCUCUAUCAACCUAUCUACUUCAUCGCUUGCGUUUUUAUGAAGUUUCUUGUAGAUAUGAGGAGGCUGUGCUAUCUGUCUUAGGGGGGAUUUCUACUGAUGGCCUGGUUACAGAUCUUAUAUUGGACAUGCUUGCGAGUGCUAAAAUGCAACUUAAGAAACUCCUGAAAUUGAUAAAGUUGAGUAGUCCAAUUGAUGAUCCUUCUCCAAUGGCUGCGGCUAGUAAAUCUUCCAUCCUUGGUGAUACUGGAGUAUUGGCAUAUAAAGCAACCAGUGGAUUGAUCAAGCUGUCAAAUUGUGGCUUUCUAAAUUGGGACAUUGACUCGUAUUUACUUUCCCUUUUGAAGGAGAGGGGUUUUCUUCCUUUGUCAGCUGCUUUGCUGUCAUCUUCAACCUUGAGAUCAGGAACAGGGCAUGCAAUGGACUUGUUUGUGGAUGUUGUUUCACAAAUUGAAGUGAUACUUCUUUCACUACUCUUUUGUCGCUCAGGAUUAAAUUUCCUUAUGCAAGAUCCAGAGGUUUCUUCAACCAUUAUCCAUGCUUUGUGGGGUCGUGAGUAUAUUCACAAGGAAGAUUCUCUUUCACUUCGCCAUGCAUAUACUUUGUUGUCAAAAGGGUUCUUUUGUUAUCCUAAUGAAGUUGGUAUGAUUAUAGAGAUGCAUAUGAGGGCAUUAAUUUCAGUAGAUAGAUUAUGCAAGUUGACUCCAAAUACCGAAGAAUUCUUAUGGGUGCUGUGGGAUCUCUGUCGCCUUUCCAGGUCCGAGUGUGGCCGACAGGCUGUGUUGGUAUUGGUGAAUUUUCCUGAGGCACUUAAAGUUCUGAUCGCUGCAUUACAUUCUGAGGGGGAAUGUGAACCUGUUUCCUCAAACACUGGAGUCUCUCCGUUGAGUCUUGCCAUCUUUCAUGCUACUGCGGAGAUCUUUGAAGUUAUUGUAAUGGAUUCUGCUGCAACUUCUUUGCUAUCAUGGAUAGACAGUGGAAAGGAACUGCAUGAGGCAUUGCAUUCCAUCUCGCCAGGUUCCAACAAGAAAGAUGCUCCUGCACGCCUUUUGGAAUGGAUAGAUGCUGGUUUGGUUUACAAUAAAAAUGGGGCAAUUGGACUUUUACGGUAUGCUGCUGUAUUGGCCUCUGGAGAAGAUGUUCACAUGGCUUCAAACAGUGUUUUGGCAUCUGACAUGAUGGAUGCUGAUAAUGUGCUUGGAGGUUCUAAUAAUUCUGAUGGCAAUGCUGUGGAUAAUCUCGUCGGAAAACAUAUAACUGAGAAAGAAUUUUCUGGUGUUAUUCUUCGUGAUUCCUCUAUCGCACAGCUCACUACAGCAUUUCGAAUUUUGGCAUUUAUUUCAGAUAAUUCGGUUGUCGCUGCUUCCCUCUAUGAUGAAGGUGCUGUAAUGGUUAUCCAUGCCAUUAUAAUAAAUUGUAGACUUAUGCUAGAGAGGUCAUCCAAUACUUAUGCAGAUUAUCUUGUUGAUGAGGGGGCUGAAGGAAAUUCUACUUCUGAUUUGCUUAUGGAGCGAAACCGUGAGAAAAGCCUGUUUGAUCUGCUGAUUCCUUCAUUGAUCUUGCUGAUCAAUUUGUUACAAAAAUUACAGGAGACGAAGGAGCAACACAGAAAUUCAAAGCUAAUGGAUGCACUUCUACAGUUGCACCGAGAAGUGAGCCCCAAGCUGGCUGCCAGUGUGGUGGAGCUACAUUGUUCUUGUCCUGAUUUUGUACUUGGUUUCGGAACUGUUUGCCAUCUGCUUGCAUCGGCUCUAGCUUACUGGCCAGUGUACGAUUGGAUUCCUGGACUUUUCCAUUUCCUCAUGGACAAUCUCAAUGCAACUUCAUUGUUGGCACUGGGCCCCAAGGAAAUCUGCAGUUUAUUUUGUCUACUGAAUGAACUAUUUCCAGGAGAAAGUAUUUGGCUGUGGAAGAAUGGAAUGCCUUUGCAGAGCCCCUUAACGGGCAUGGCUGCCGGGAUAUUACUGGGUCCAGAGAAGGAGAAACAAAUUAAUUGGUAUCUAAGGCCUGGGAAUCCUGAAAAGCUACUAGCUCAGUUGUCGCCACAACUUGGGAAACUUGGGGAAAUUAUACUGCAUUGUGCUUUGAGUAUGUCAGUUGUCAUACAAGAUCUUCUACGUGUCUUUGUGAUUCGAAUUGCAUGCUUGAAUCUUGAUUAUGCUUCUGCCUUGAUAAAACCCACAAUGUCUUGGAUCUCUGAUCGCCUCUUAGAGCCUUCAAAGCUUUCCGACGUGGACACUUUUAAGGUUAACCAGUUGCUUAAAUUUAUUUGUGUCUUGAUGGAGCAUCCAAGUGCUAAGCCACUAUUGUUGGAAGAGGGUGGGUUUCAGUUGUUCUCGAAAGUGCUUGAGAGGUGUUUUGGAGCUUCCAACUCUGGCGUCAAGUUUCCUGAAAACAUGAAUCUAAACUAUGAAAAUUCGGUUGUAAGUUGGUCUAUACAUAUAUUCCGGUCCAUCUCAUUGAUUAGUGAUUGUCGGGCACCUGUUCAACAAUCUGCAGUGCAUGAAAGAGACACUCAGUGCAGCUUUACAUCUGAAGAAUUCUUCAUACUCUGGUCAUAUCUCCUUAAAGCGUGCAUGGUCUUGCCAGUCGGAACAGAAUUGCAUGCUUGUCUGUCUGCCUUUAAAGAGAUGGGUUCCUCUGCUGAAGGACAACGUAGUUUACUUGCUGUUGUGAAGCACUUGCAGUGCUCUGAAAACAAGGAUUCUGAGUCUAAAACUCAACCUGAAAGUGAUCAGAGCUGUAGCAUAAUUUAUGCGUUGUCUGAUUGGAAGGAGUGCCCUCCAUUAUUAUCCUGCUUGAUCACUUUGUUGAGAUCCAUUAAUUCAAAGGAAGUUCCUCCAGUACAAGUUAUGGAUGCAGUUGGCGCAUUAGUCACAGGUGCUUUAGGCUUUUGCCUGGAUGAUGAAAGUGUGAGCUUGGAGAGGGUUGUUGCGAUCAAGUUAUUGUUUGGAAUUGAGAAUGACUCCGAAGAUCUUGUCCAAGAAAACCUGAAGCAUGUUGAGAAUCUCACAAGAUUCUUUGGAUUUGAUACUAAUAAUGAAGCUUCUGACAGUCACCCUACACAACAUCAGAUCAAGGAGGUAUCACGGUUGUUACUGCUCUUGCUGCAAAAACCUAUGAACCCAGAAGAAUAUUCUGCAAUUGCCAGCAGUUAUGCCUCAUUAGUUUCCCCAAUUUCUUCAAGAAUAUAUAAAUUUGGUGACAGAAAGAUGGAUCAUAUUGAAGAUAGCACCUCGGAUGAUAUUGGAGCCAUGUUCUCAUGGGAGUGCCCUGAGAAUUUGCGAAAUAGGUUGGCUCAGACAGGCCUUUCUGCAAAAAGAAAGACUUCCUCACUGGAGGGACCAAAUAGGCAUGCGAGAGGAGAUGCGCUGGCUGCUGAAGCUACUUCACAAAGUACAUUUUCUAGAGGGUCAGCCCCUGUUUCCACACCCACAGGUCCCACACGCCGGGAUGCGUUCAGACUGCGGAAGCCAAACACUAGUCGGCCUCCUUCUAUGCAUGUGGAUGACUAUGUUGCAAGAGAGCGGAAUGCUGAUGGCACUAAUACUUCUAGUGUAAUUGCUGUCUCACGAAUGGGAUCCUCAAGUGGACGACCACCAUCUGUUCAUGUGGAUGUGUUCAUGGCCAGACAGAGGGAGCGCCAAAAUAUUGUGGGUGCAGCAGUUAAUGAUUUAUCUAACCAAGUGAAAACAACAGCUGCAGAGGACAGCAUAGACACAGAAAAGUUGAGCAAACCUAGGCAGGUGAAGCCAGAUCUUGAUGAUGAUCUUCAGGGAAUUGAUAUCGUCUUUGAUGCUGAAGAAGCUGAACCUGAUGAUAAAUUGCCAUUUCCACAACCUGAUGAUAAUCUACCGCAACCUCCAUCUGCUGUAGCUGAGACACUUUCUCCUCAUUCCAUAGCUGAGGAGAACGAGAGCGAUUUCAAUGGAAGUAGUCAAGGCUCUCGCCUGGGUACUCCUUUAGCAUCAAACAUGGAUGAAAAUACUCCAAGUGAGUAUUCAUCAAGAAUUUCUGCCUCUCGUCCGGAGAUGCCUUUGACUCGGGAGCCAAGUAUUACUUCAGAUAAGAAGUUUCCUGACCAACUGGAGAACUUGAAGACUCUUCCGAAUAGACCUAAUGCAAUUGAUCCCUCUUCAGUGAGCUGUAGUUCAGGAGUUGCUUCUUCUGUCUACGUGAAUAAUUCCUCUUCUGCUCGUUUUGCUGUUGAUGCCAGAGCACCACCUAACAUGUAUUACAAAUCAACUCAACAACAAAGUGGGAGUGUUCCUUUAAGCACUGCUUUUCCAGGUUUCUUUGAAAAGAAUUUUCCUUCAAACCAACCGCCUCUGCCUCCAAUGCCACCUCCACCAACAGUUUCACCAUUGACGUCACAGAAUAUAGAUCCUGCAGCAUCGUCAUCAUUUGGCAAGUCUGCUGUCGAUGUUCAGGCUCAGGUUCCGCCAUACUUCCAUGUUCACCCUGGAUAUGCAUCUUCAGGAGCAAACAGUUCUGGACCAGUGGUUUCCUCACCUUCAUUGACAGAUAUGAAGUUUGGACGAUCAGCAGUUUCUGGAGCUAUGAGGCCUCUUCCUCCACUUCCUCCAACACCUCCUCCUUAUUCUGCCAACACUUCAUUAAAGAAUUCCGCUUCGCAGUAUUUUCCUGCAGUCAGUAGUUCUGAGCUUCAGCAAGCCUCUGCAGUAAUGUCAACUGAUGGGGCAGUGAACCUUUCAGCUUCACGCACAAUGUUAACAUCGUAUCCUCCUCCACCACCAUUGAUGCAGCAACCAAUGGUUUACAGACCAGGUUCCAUCCCAGUGAGUCAUGGGAAUAAUUCGACCCCAAAUCAUGGAGAUAGUUUGUCCAAUGUCUCUCAAAAUCUUCCCUUCUCUAUUAUGCCUUCAGCUCAACCAAUGCCAACUCUUACUCCGCUACAGCCUCUGCAGCCACCUCAAAUUCCUCGGCCUCCACCUCAGCAUCUUAGACCGCCUGUACCUGCUGCUGCACAGUCAGAGAUGCAAGGCACCUUACAAAUUCCUGCACAAUCAUCCCAAGCGCUGCAGCAGCCCCAAGUAUCCAAUGUGCCAUCUUAUUAUCAAACUCAACAGCAAGAGAAUGCAUCACAUUUGUUGCUGCAGCAAGUUGACCGCUCACAAAGGAUCAUGCAGAUGCCUGGUCCGGCAGAUGCUGCAUCUCAGCAACAAGAUUUGGGAAUGUCCUUACAAGAGUACUUCAGAUCCCCUGAAGCAAUUCAGUCCCUUUUGAGUGACCGAGACAAAUUAUGUCAGCUUCUGGAACAAAAUCCAAAAUUAAUGCAGAUGCUGCAGGACCGGCUGGGGCAAUUGUAGUGGUAGUAUUCCCGAGCACCCAAUGAAGAAGGUAUUGGCAAAAACAGAGAUUAUUAUAUUGUGUUUGCUCGGUAAGCAUCAAUAUAUAUAUAUAAUGAGUAGAUGAGUGCCAUAACAAUCCGUUGGUUGAAUUUUGGACUUGUAAUACUUUGUAUUAUUAUGAUUAUUGUUAUUAUUAAUGAUGGUAAGAGGGAAAGAUGUAAAUGGAAGUGUAUAACUAACCAACUAACUGACUAAAUAGGUAGUAGGCUGAGCAGGGAUGGAUUUUUGCUGUUAUUGUCGUUUUACCUUUUGAGCUUAA